UCAAAUUAUUCCUGAAGUCUCCUCAAAAUUUUGAAAGUCACCCUUAUUGGACACAGCCAGCAGAUGAGUUCAUUUAGCUAUGUUAAAUAAGGGAGACAUCUAAAAUGUGCAUUGCUGGGGAGGCUUUAGGGAACAGUCUGAAAAGCCAUGGUGCAGUGCUUUUUACAAUAGGCAUUAUUUCAAAUGAGCUUUCCACAGAUGGAAAUCAAAAAAGUUUGGAACAAAAUGGCAAUAAGGUGAAAUGAUAAGAGAAUUAGAGUUUAUACAGAGUUUUUUCUUUUACGUUAACAUAUUGUAUUUUUUUUUUUUUUUUAUCAAAUGUUUGCCAAAAAUGGCCAUAGUAGUAGUAGUAGUAAUAAUAAUAAUAAUAAUAAAUUUUAAAAAAUAAAUAAUAAUAAUGUGGACAAAUAACAAACAAUCUGAAACAGUUCUCACCAUUGGUUAAACUGCUCCGAAGAAAAUCUCUCUUUGCAUUUUUCUUCUAGGAACUUAACUUUAGACUUCAAAAAAUAGUUUUCUUCUUUGAGUUUAUUGAUGGUCACCUGUUGGGUUGGCGCUUGUGCUGGAAUAUAAAACAAACAAGUAAUUUAUCAAACAUAAUUUAGAACGGUGUUUAACACAUGAAACACACAUUGUUUAAAAACUAUAAAGUUUACUUAAAUUGUUUCCGAGUUUAACAGCAACUCACUUUCAUGUCUUUUGGGAGAUAAGGAUGAUUUUUUUUUUUUUUUUAUCUGAUAGCCUGUUAUUAUAAUCAUCUAAAAUUAGGCUAUAAAUAUGUUAAAACAUUAUAUGUGAAAAUCGCAAAAAUGUGUGUGUGUGUGUGUGUGUGUGUAUCUAUUUAACAAGAUUAAGCUUUUUUUAAUUAACGGGGAAAAAAACACAAUUAGCCAUUAACAUUAAAAAGUGUCUGGUGCCAACCUUUAUGCAUCUCUACGCAAAUAACGUUAAACAAAUAAAAUAAAAUCCACCAGGAUUCAGUUAGGAUAGCUGGCGAGAAAGGAAAAUUAAGUGUUUGAUAAUGUUUGGCCUUGAAAUUGCUUUACCUAACGUUAGCUAGCUAGCUAGCUAGCUUGCUUGCUUGCUUGCAAACAAAUUGUCAACGGCUGCUUAUAACCAAAAAGAUUAUUCAACUCAAUCUCAACUCUGGCCCUUGAAAUCCAAUUUCAGCCUUAAUUAAACACACCUGAACAAGCUAAUCAAGGUCCCCAGGAUUGCUAGAAAGAUACGGUGAGACUGACCAAAGUUUGAACUAAACUCUGCAGUAAAGCGGAUUUCGAGGGCCACAGUCGUGAACACUGGACACGAUACUAACAUACAUUUUUUUUUUUUUAAAACAUAAAUGACACAAUACAUUACCGGCUUCUUCCUUGUCAUCCUCAAUUAGUCGAUGAGGUGCAUUUCUCUUGUGGACAGUUUUGCGCUCUCCCUCCAUCGCCAUGCUGUCUUCUGAUUGUGAACUAUCGCAUUCGCUAACUCCAAUAUGGCGACGCGUCAACGCAACGUUGCAGAAACUUCCAUCUCUGCACGUGAAUUCUACUGCUGGAAACGAUUCUUCGAGUGUAUUGUCCCAAUACGAUAUGUAGUUGACCGUAGGCAUUAUUCCACUCAGUUUUAAGUCUUCCAAAACUUUAAUUAUGUUCUUUAUUUUAAUAUUUUCUCCUUUAAAUGGAAUCAGUGUCAUCUUGUAACGUUUAGAUUUCAUUUGAUCAUUUGAGUCGGAUCCGAUUCUAUGAACCAGGAUAAUAGUAAAACAACUUGAUUAAAAUAGUUAAGAGGAAGUAAAUGUUUAACUUAGAUACAAAAUGCAAAUUACAAUGUUUAAGUGUUUUAGUGAAUUUUAUUAAAUCAGUAAAUGUUUACAUAUUGAAAAAUAAGGACAUAAACAUUAACAUAGAAUCUGCUUUUAUUUUAUUUUAAAUUUAAAUAUUUCCUGAAAACUGAAAAGAAAGAAAAAAGAAAGAAAAGAAAAACUUGUAGAAAAUAAUUUAGGCAGUACUUCCGGAGUCAUGACCGUGAAAAAGGCGCUAUAUCAACGUCUGUGAAUUCGGCGCAUUUUCGAGUUGGUAGUAGAUGGUAACAAUUGCCUGCAAUUAUGGGACUUGCGAAGAAAAUUCUCUCCCUCUGUAAUCACAGGGAUAGAAAAGGGACGAAAAAAAUGAUCAAUUUUUUACAAAAACAUAAUCUAAUUAAGUCAAUGACGUGUAACCUCUGUAAGGAAUCGAUGAAUCUACAAAAGACACAUACACGGGAUGGAUAUCAGUGGGUAUGCCGCAGAAGAUCACAUACUAGGAAAUUUACAAAGAACUGCAGAGCUGGAUCGAUAUUCGAAAAGAGCAGGACCACCUAUCACAGCUGGAUGACUUUUAUUUACCGAUAUUGUCAAGGACUGAGAUUACGUCAGGUGGAUAUGAUCCAGGACGGCAUAGCCGGAAGCUCAGCAACACUGAGCAAAAUGACAAAGAAGCUAAGAAUGGUCUGUAAAAAAGCUUUGAGAAAGUACAAGAGAAAGACAGGACAGUUUGUGGGGGGAAGGACAGAGUUUGUCAUUAUAGAUGAAAGCAACUUCCGUCACAAAAGAAAGUAUGGACGAGGAAGAGUUGGCGAAACAUGGAGAAGAAAAAAGUGGGUCUUUGGUAUCUUGGCCACUAAGGGUGAUCGAAGACGACCAAUUUUGCGGCUUGUUGAACAGCGCUCAAGAAAUCACCUGAUUCCAGUAAUCUCAAGACAUGUUCGCCAGGGAUCAACCAUUUUGAGUGACGAAUGGAGACCCUACAAGAGAGCUCUGACCACACUUGGCUACACUCACUACACUGUGAAUCAUAGCAGGUGGUUUGUUGACCCAGUUCAUGGAGGCCACACCCAGAAUAUAGAACGAGCAUGGUCAACAUAUAAAAACCAGGUCUGGAGGUUGAGAGGCAAUAGGACGCAGAUGGGAGUUUUACUUACUCAAACAUGUUCUGAGGGCAGAAAGGAAAAUGAUUGGUUCACAGAUUCAACCAAUGAAAUUGAAGCAGAGGCGGGGUCAGGAAAUUUGAACGUGCGUGUGUGUGGAGGAGGGAAUACAUCAGACAGAUACGUUACUGACGCUUCGUGGGAGGCAUUUAUAACAAGUUACCUGGACGAGCUGGCAGAAAUUCGACAAAUCAAAGGAGCUACCACUGAAGAGGCAUCUGAUACUGCAGAGUCCAAAAUGGUGCAAAAUGGAGAUGUAUGA